AUGAAGAGGAUAUUUUUCAAAGUCAGUGAGGUUCAUGGUAAGCGUUCAGUCAGAGUUAAGGCAAUGGAGAACGUCAUCUAUGAGGGAGAUGAAUCAUACCAAAAUUUGAACAAAAAGUCAUUCACCAAUACUAUGUUAUGUAGGAUGCAGCCACAAACAUUGCCUCUGGGAAGGCCCUUAUCUGACAAAAAGAACGAUGUUGAUAGGCUUAUGCAGGCUGUUUUUGAAAACUGGCAAAAUCGAUAA